AUGAGUGGAGAAUCAGCACUGAAUGUCAAUUCCACGUCAACCUGCAUGUAUCAGUCAUCCGAUCCACAUUUAUUUUGGCAUGAGGGAUGUGACGAAGCGACAGAGAAUACCGAAUUCGCUGCAACAUGGUCAUCAGGAUAUCAAAGGCAUAGUCUGUCUAAUCUGAAAUCUUCAGUAAUCUCACCAGAUGAAGUGGAGACUAAGGCUCUUCAUCUCCGAAUUCAAGUGAUGAAUAAUCAAACAAAAUUUUAG